UUGCAGGUGGGAAUAAAAACGAACGUAUGUAUCACAUGUAAUCGUCCGAUAUCAGUUUUAUGUAUUGUGCCAGGAUGUCCUUGCCGCAAAAAGGUCGUGAAGAACUGUGUGAUGUGUUGUAUUAUGAAUCCAGCCAUGUCGUCGCCUACAGCCUUAGAUAAGGAAACAGGCCUGGACUGGGGUGAGUAUUACAUCGACACGGAUGAGUACGUUGUGUUUGAAGACUUGGUGCGUCGUAUCAGUGGAGAAGUGAUUAAUCACAAUAUUGUUAUGGUUGAUUUUGAUAUCGCAAAGCUGGCGUUGGAGAGAGGUGUAAGGCCAGUAGUGGCUAUUGAUAAUGCGAUAAGAAGAAUGAUCUCACAUGCUUCAUUGAAUUCGUUGAUUGUUGUUAUCUUCAGCUCUCCGGAAAAUUCCAUUGGCUAUGCUAAAAUCAAAAAUGCAAAUAGACGAAAUCCGCUUUUUUGA